GAAUGAAUGGAGCACCAAUGUGAACAAAGAAAAAUCAUUUCUUGAAGAGAGAAAAAUGAUGUGUUACUGCCGCUUGUUUGUUUUGCUUGCACUCUCAAGUUUUGUGGUCGAAAGUCGACAUCUCAAAGGAAAUUCAUACGAAUUAUCCAACUUCCAUCCUUCCGGCACCAAUGCCACCAUUGAACCCAAAAUAUGGGCAGUUUUAGUUGCUGGCUCCAAUGGUUUUGUAAAUUAUAGGCACCAGGCAGAUAUAUGCCAUGCAUAUCAAAUCUUGAAAAAUGGUGGACUAGAAGACGAAAAUAUUAUCGUUUUUAUGUAUGAUGAUAUUGCAUUCGACGUAGAAAAUUUGAGACCUGGUGUCAUUAUCAAUAAACCAGAUGGAGACAAUGUUUAUAAAGGAGUUCCCAAGGAUUACACAGGGGAAGAUGUAAAUGUGGACAAUUUACUUGCUGCAAUUCUUGGAAACAAAACUGGUGUUAGGGGUGGAAGUGGAAAAGUUGUGGAGAGCGGUCCAAAUGAUCAUAUUUUCAUAUAUUAUGCUGAUCAUGGCGGCGCUGGAAUACUUGGAAUGCCUUCUGGAGUAGACCUUACUGCCAAAGAUUUAAUGAAUACGUUGAAGAAAAAACAUGCAGCGAAAAGCUACAAAAGCAUGGUUAUCUAUGUUGAGGCAUGUGAAUCAGGCAGUAUUUUUGAAGGACUAUUGCCAAAAAAUAUGAAUAUAUAUGCAAUUACAGCAGCAAAUGCAAAUGAAAGUAGUUGGGGCACUUAUUGUCCCGGAGAAUUUCCAAGUCCCCCUUCUGAUUUGGACACUUGUUUGGGUGAUUUAUUCAGUAUUUCUUGGAUGGAAGACAGUGACAUUCAUGAUUUGCGGAAGGAAACUCUGGACCAGCAAUAUCAGUUGGUUAGGAGGAGGACAGCAGUUGAUGAUAUGGUUGGUGCUUCUCAUGUGAUGCAAUAUGGGAAUAAGACGAUUGCAAAGCAAUUUGUGUUCAAUUAUAUGGGUGCAAAUCCAAAGAAUGAUUAUUAUUCACCUUCUUCUUCUGAUGACUCCAGUUUAACAACUACUCCCAGUAUUGUUAGCCAGCAUGAUGCUACCCUCCUCCAUUUCUGGAAUAAGUUCCGUAACGCUCCGGAAGGCUCUCCCAAAAAGACUGAAGCUCACAAGCAAUUGAUGGAUGAACUUUCCCUAAGGAAACACAUUGAUGAAAGUGUAAAUCAGAUAAUAUCAGUCGUUUUUGGGCAAGAAAAAGUUCCAGAGAUGCUCAACACUGUUCAAUCUGCAGGGAAUCCUCUUGUUCAUGAUUGGGAUUGCUUCAAAAUGCUGGUUAAUAGUUUUAAAAGACUGUGUGGAAGCACAUCAAGGUAUGAAAUGAAAUACAGUAGAGCUUUUGCAAAUAUGUGCAAUGCUGGGGUUCAUAUCAACAAUGCUACUCAAGCAAUAACUCAAGCCUGCUCCACCAGUUCUCCUCCAUGAAUACCUAUAUAUAUAUAUAUACAUCUUCAAAAAUAAUUUUUAAUUAACUAUAAUAAAUUGAAUUUACAUUCAGCUCAUGAUGGAUGUUUGAUGUACUUCAAAUGGUUUUUAGUCCUUAAAUGAUCAAUGCUUGACAUAAA